AUGAGUAAUAAAUCGAUCGAUUUAAAACUUUAUUGGAAUAAAAUUAAUUAUGCUUUUCCUAUUCUGAAUGACACAAUAUUCAGUGACUGCACUGGCUCUGAGUAUGAUGAAGUGCAACAAAUUAUCACAGGCAUGGGGAUUCAAGUUAAAAUUCGUGAUCUAAUACUUAUUCAUAUAGAGAAAUACCUUCGACAGCAUGUCGCUCCUUCGUUUUGGUCAAAAUUCGUGAAAGUUGAUGAAGAAGUUAAAGGAUUCCAGCUAUUCAAAUCAGCGGUUAAUGACUUAUACGAAUCUGUUUCGAAUUUUUCAGAAAUGUUGCGACGUCUAUCUAUUUUGAAUAGUAGCUGUUGCGAUAAUAAACCUAUAUUUGGUGAAAAAGAUGUAAUUUUGGGUUUCAAGCAACUUAUUCGGGCUACGCUCUUAUCACAACUCCCUUUGGAUUAUCAUGUUAUAAUAAAUCAUUUCUAUAAAAUUUCAUUCAAUGUGUUCGAUAAUGAGUAUGAGAGUUCAGACAUGGGUGAAGAUGUUAUGUGCUCAGGAUGUUGGAAUGAAUAUUCUGAUUGCAAUUGUGCUUAUAUAGUAAAAGUGUUUCAUGAUACUAACAGGAAGUUGAUGGAUCUACAAUUACUGGAGAGACUUACAGGGCAGGUUUUAACAAAUUUUAUUCAAUUGAGAAUUGAAACACACAUACAGAAGCUUUGUGAUGGUACAUUUGAUGUUUCUCAUAUAAGCUUUUUGGAGAAUUGGUUGGACACAACUGUCAUGUCUUGGUUAACCAGAAUAUAUUGUGGAGGUUCUUCAAAACCACCACCUGAUGACAAAAAUACCCAAAAUGCAAUCUUACAGUUUAAAAAGAAAUUAAGCUAUUACUUGUAUCACAGUUAUACAAAACUCCGUAUUGAACAACUGUUUAAUAUAAUAAUCGAAUAUCCAGAAUCACAACCUGCUGUUGAUGAUAUUAAAAUGUGCCUUGACAAGACGGACCUAAGAUUGACCCUCUGUAAAAGAUUGCAAUCUGCUUUAGAAACAAGACUUUUGCAUCCAGGUGUGAAUACCACUGAUAUAUUAACUGCUUAUGUCUCCACUAUAAGAGCCCUGAGACAUUUAGACCCAUCAGGUGUCAUAUUAGAAACUGUUACUAAGCCAGUUAGAAGUUACUUGAGGAAUAGGGAAGAUACAGUCAGGAGUGUGGUUAGUAGUUUAACAGAAGAAGGUGCAAGUAGUGAACUUGCCGAAGAACUUGCUAAGUUUGCUGCAGAAGCAGAUGGUGAAAAUGAAAAGGAAGAUGCUUGGGAUGAAUGGAAUCCUGACCCGGUGGAUGCUGAUCCAAAAGUAAACUCAAAUGAUAGGAAGGCAAAUGACAUUAUCUCAAUGCUUGUAAAUGUGUAUGGUAGCAAAGAGUUAUUUGUCAAUGAAUAUAGAACCCUUCUGGCCGAUAGAUUAUUAGCACAGAGUGUAAUAAAUACGGAAAAAGAAAUAAGGUAUUUGGAAUUGUUGAAGUUGAAAUUUGGAGAAUCACAACUGCAUUUUUGUGAAGUAAUGUUAAAGGAUAUUUCUGAUUCCAAGAGAAUAAAUGCUUUGAUACAACAGGAGAAAAAUUUUGAAGCAGCAAGUAAAAAUUUCUCAUCAAAUGCUAUGAUUCUUUCUGCUCAGUUUUGGCCACCAUUUAAAGAUGAGAAUUUAGAGCUACCAGAAGAAAUAAAGCAACAUUUUGAAGCUUAUACUAAAUCAUAUGAAGCAUUGAAAGGGAACAGAACACUAAGUUGGAAACCUCAUUUAGGUUAUGUUAAUAUAAAAAUAGAGAAUGGUUCUAAGAAUCUAGACUUAAUUGUUUCACCCUUUAAUGCAACACUAAUAAUGCAUUUUCAAAAUAAACCAGAAUGGACACUCGAUGAACUUCACCAAGUAAUGAAGGUUCCGAUAACUGUCUUACGAAGAAAAAUUACAUACUGGCAGUCUACAGGAUUAAUUUCUGAAAAGUGCACUGAUACAUAUGUUUUAGUUGAUGGAUCUGAUGAGAACAAAUCCAAUACUACAACAAAUCAGGUGCAAGAAAUGAUUUGUGAAGAUGAUGAAACUGAAAGUGUAAUGGCAUCUGCUCAUGACCAGAGAGAAGGAGAAUUGCAAGUCUUCUGGUCUUAUAUUGUUGGAAUGCUGACUAACUUGGAUUCAUUGCCAUUAGACCGCAUACAUCAAAUGUUGAAAAUGUUUGCAUCACAAGCCCCUGGUACUGAAUGUAGCCUUCAGGAACUGAGGCAAUUUUUAGACACAAAAGUAAGAACACAUCAACUGGUUCUACAAGGUGGCAUGUAUAAAUUACCAAAAACAUAG